AUGUCAGCCACUACAGACUUACCCGACCGCUACAAAUUGAUCUUCUUCGUCCCACCAACCGACCUUGAAGCUUGUAAAGAAGCCAUCUUCGCAACAGGUGCCGGUUCCUUUCCAGGUGGCAAGUACACAAAGUGCUGUUUCCAGACCAAUGGCACAGGCCAGUUUCUUCCUAGUCAAGAUGCAAACCCGGCCAUUGGGGCCGUCGGGACACUGGAGCGAUGCGAGGAGGUUAAGGCGGAAAUUAUGUGUCUUGGUCGCGAGGUGAUGUCGGAUGCAGUUCAGGCUUUAAUCAAGGCGCAUCCAUAUGAAGAGGUUGCAUAUGAAGUUUAUCGAAUGGAGAAUGUCCGCCCGCAAAACGUCUUGCCAACUCGAUCCGUCAUUCUCCUCAACUCAACAUCCACCUCAAUCCACCUUCAAUCACCCUCCACAAUGGCCUCGAAGCUUUUCCCCGUUUCGCGGGCCAGCAGGCUACUGCGCCAGACUCCUUUCACCCCUUUCAGAUCAUUUUCCGCCGCCCCGCAACGACGCAGCGACUCCCUGUCCGUUCACCGCAACACUCCUACCAACAACCCCUCCAUUCCGUUCAAGUUCACCGAGCAGAAUCUCACCCUCGUCGAUGAGAUUCUUAACCGCUACCCACCGCAGUACAAGAAGGCCGCCGUCAUGCCUCUGCUUGACCUCGGUCAGCGCCAGCACGGUUUCACCAGCAUCAGCGUCAUGAACGAGGUUGCCCGCAUGCUCGAGAUGCCUCCUAUGCGUGUCUACGAGGUCGCUACUUUCUACACUAUGUACAACCGUGAACCCGUCGGAAAGUACUUUGUGCAGAUCUGUACUACUACCCCCUGCCAGCUUGGAGGCUGUGGCUCUGACGCCAUUGUCAAGGCCAUCAACGAGCACCUCGGCAUCACCCCUGGUCACACCACCGAGGAUGGCCUCUUCACCUACAUCGAGGUCGAGUGCCUGGGUGCCUGCGUCAACGCCCCUAUGGUCCAGAUUAACGACGACUACUACGAGGAUCUCACCCCCGAAUCCAUCAAGACCCUCCUGACUGCGCUUAAGGAAUCUGCUACUGCUACUGGCUCCGCCGCUACUAAGGUCCCUGCUCCCGGCCCGCUGAGCGGACGUGACACCUGCGAGAACAGUGCUGGUCUGACCAACCUUACCGAAGUUGUCUGGAACCCUGAGACCAUGAUGCGCAAGGAUGGUGCUCUGGAUGCGCAGCCCCAGCAAUAA